UCAUUUUCUGUAAAGUUUCGUCAUUUCUGAAUGUUCUGUGUCGUGGUUCAUGCAAUUUCCAAGUAGCAUGUUGAAUUCAACACGUGCCUGCGUUCACAGAUCUGUGCAACAUUUCUGUCAGCAUCCGAUAUCCAUUUCAAGCACAAGACGUGCCCUCGAAAAGUCCGUCAGAGCGCGUCCAUGGAUUUUGACAUAUCGCAAGAAACCGACACAAGAUAAAUGCGUCCAAAGAUACAUGAAGACUGUACAUGAAGGGACAAGCCCUGUAUUGGUAAACAGACUCCAGUGCCCAUCAAAUUGGCUGAACAAGCAGACAUUUAUGUACCAGAGAUGUUUUCCUUUGUUUGGAUCCCGCUGUGAUUUUAACUAUGUACAGAUAAAUCGUUACCACAGUCACAUCAACUACAGGCAUUUUAGUGUACAGUUGCGACAAAAACAAAAGUCUACAGAAGAAAUUAAAACAACACCUGAAGAAGGAGAAAACAAUUUGAAGGAACCUGAGGAGAAACUUACUUUAGUACAGAGAUUUAAAAAAACCUAUAAGGAACACGGAAAAGUUCUUAUUGGCGUGCAUCUGGUAACAUCAUGUGUCUGGUUUGGAACAUUCUACGGCAUAGUAGAUAGUGGAGUGGAUAUUGUGGCCUUACUGGAAAAAUUGGGCUGCAGUGAAACAAUCAUCAAUCCAUUUAAGUCAUCGAGUAUGGGAAACGUGGCACUUGCUUACCUGAUGUAUAAGCUAGCUACUCCUGCUAGGUACACUGUUACCAUUGGUGGCACAAAUAUGGUCAUAAAAUACAUGAGGAAGACAGCCAGACUUCCACCUUUAAAGAAGGAAGACCAACUAAGAAGCAUGUUUAAGCAAGAAGUAAAGGAUCGCAGUACCAAGUUAAAACGCCGAGCGAUAGCAAGGGCAAAGAGAACUAAACGGAUCAAUGAAGGAAGGAGGGUUAUAGCUGUAGGAAGAGACUUUAUCACAAAAUGUAAAUCAAAAAGUGACAGGAUCCGACUUAAAUGGAAAUCAUUUCGACUUAACAAGAAAAAUUCUAAGAGGAAAAAUGGGAGUAGUUCUAGAAACUGACAUAUAGUUUUGCUUGUGAUGAUGAAACAGUCUGUGAUUAAUUACGUGAGUGAAAGGUUUAAGAAAUAAAGCGAUUUUUUGUUUUACCUGGUGAAAACCUGAAAGUGGUGCAUUCUUAGUUAUGCUGUCAAGAAGCUGUCAAUAUUUGUUUUCAUUAAGAAUGAACUGGUGGAGGACAACCAUGUAUUUGUUGAUAACUUACAACACUGGCGCCUUGUUGAUUUAUUUUAAAAUGGAUACAGUACCAGUAUAAAGGUAUCAGUAGCCAAAAAAAUUUUAGGUAUUUGAUUUCUAAUUUUUUAAUUUACGAAUGUUGGACAGAUGUAAACUUAAUCUAAUGAAAUUAAAGAAACAUACAAAUUAUACAUGUAAACCUGAUUAUUGAUCUUUGUUCUAAAAUAUUGACUUUAUUUGUGAAGGGAGCCAAAUUUUCCCAGGAUUUAUAGAUUUCCAUUUUGAAUAUAAGUAAUAAAUGUUAAGAUGCAGAACCAAUUUUCUAAUUCUCUUUGUGAUUGCUAUAGAUAUUUUACAUUCCAAAUCUGUAUUGAGAAAACCUUACCAUCCCAUUUGUUAUUGGCUCAACAUCUCUAAAAUUGUCACAAAAAAUUGUGUAGUUUAUUUGUAUUUUUUAACGAAAGCUAUUUGUUGGAAUGACAUGCAGGGUCAUUGAUUACAGUUGACGGUCUUAUUUGUAGUCACUGAUGUAUGUUUAAUUUGAUUUCAAUAAAUCAAAUACAUGAAAAUGCAAACUUUGCAAGGUAAAGGUAGAAAUUUUAAAAUGUACUUAAGAUAUGUGAACUUGGUGGUAACAUUAUCUGUCCAUGAUCAGCUGUGCUAAUUGUAAAAGCAUUUGUAUACACUUUUGUCAGGAAGAAUGCUCUUCUUUCACUUACCAAAUAAACAUAUGCUGCUGACAAAUGGCAGUUACUGUAUUAUGACACAAAUGGAACCAAUUAAGAAUGUCUACGAAGAUCAUGUAAAUAAGCUUGAGAGUGAAGACAAUGGUUUGUGAUAUCGUGUUUAUUCAGAGACGUGUUGACAUUAUUGAGCUGAUCGAACACAUUUCAGUGAGAAUUAAAUCAUAUGUCUAUUUAUUCUUCUGUAAAUAUUUUAUGCUGUUAUUUCCUUAAUUACCUCAGUUGAAAGCUCAUUAAAAUACAGGUCUCUUAGGCAUUGUCUAAAGAAUAUGUUGAUAUAGUGCUACAUUAUUGAAUAUCUUAAUUCAAAUUCUGUACAACGCAUGCAUUAAGGUUGGUUAUACCAGUGUUUUGUUCUGAUUUCUUAGAAAUAUUUUUGUAAAAGGUAGAUGUUAUUGACGCAAACUCCUUAUACAGUAUUGUUUUAUGUUUUGCAAGCUCUUUUCAUGAAUGCAUUAUUGAAUUCUUAUAGCAUAAAUAUACCUUUAUUUAUCCUUCGCUAAAACCAUGGCUGACAUUUUACCAUGUACCUAAAUCAUUGUUCAAUUUGAACUACAAAUUAUGGCAACUACUUUUCUUAUAAUAAUCAUCUACCCACCUUCUUGAUUUUAAUAAAGGCAAUGCUUUGGCUCCUUGUCUUAUUGUAGGGUGAAUAUUGUGUGCGAUAUGGUAUAUCACAUUCAUGAGCAAGUGGGGAUUGACUUAAGUAACUAGAGGAUCGUACAUGAAUUUACAUUUCACCCCAGAUUGAUGAAAUGAAUCUAGUUAGAUUAAGAGAUAAAAUUGUAAGGAGUUUCAUAAAUUUUACAAAGGUAAGAUUCUGUUUGUCACAUAACUUCAAUAUUUUUGCAAACAUUUGUGAAAAACUACAUUUUAUUAGGUUUAUGCAGAAUUUUAAUUGGCAAUACUAAUAAUCCAUUUUUUUUCUUUGGUGACUUCACUAUGCAAAUGAUGCCAAGAAGCUUUGAAACAAUGGGAACUUUCAGCCAAUCAGUUUCACAAGGUCAUAUAAGAUGUGUGUAAUAAUAAUCAUAAAAAUCAUGUAAUGGAUGUUAUACUGAUGAUGAUGUAGUCAUAUGACAAAAGUGAUUUGUAAAAUAUUUCAAAUCAGUUCAAGCAUUUUUGACAAGAAUCUGAAUUUUUGCAGUUAAUUAUGAAUAAUAUUAAAGUGACAAAUUUUAAAACCA